AUGUCUAAGAAACCUUUGGGCCCCGGGCCGGGCGCGUACCAGCUGCCCACGACGUGCGGCUACCCGGGCCACGACCCGUCGCGCUACCGCAACCCCAUGUACUCGUUCGGCGUGAACGCGGGCUACCGCGUGAAGGGGCUGGGCCCGGGCCCGUCGUACCGCAUCGACCGCGUGACGCGCGACGGCGCCAUGUCGUCUCCGCAGUGGUCGUUCGGCGCGCGCUUCGGGCCGCGCGCCACGCUGCGCACGCCGGGGCCGGGCGCGCACGCCCCGGAGCGCUGCCCGCCCAUGCGCGAGCCGCGCGCGCCCGUCUACUCCAUGGGCGCGCGCCUGGGCUUCGCGCUCAAGCGGCCCGGGCCCGCGCCCAACGCCUACGCGCUGCGCCUGGGCCCCGGCACGCCCGCCUACACCAUGGGCGCGCGCGUCGGCUUCGUGCCCAAGGCCAAGUCGCCCGGGCCCGCCGUCUACUUCAUGCAGGACACCAACGUCUACAAGAACAAACAGCCGGUGUACUCCCUGGGCGCGCAGCUGAGCGGCGCCGGCAAGCCGACCAAGACGCCCGGCCCCGCCGUGUACCCGCCGAACCUCUACAACACUAAGCAGAACUCAUACAAGUAUUCGUUCGGCACGAGACACGGCGACUACGCGCCGCCCAUGAUCAUCAAGGAGGACACCAUGGAUUGUCUAUAG